CUCCCGCCCCGGCCCCGGCGGAGCGCGGGGGGCGGCGGAGGGGUCCCCCGCGGCCCCGGCAGCGCCGCCCCCGCUCCCGCCUCCCCGCGCUCGGAGGGCGGGGAGCGGGGCCGGCGCUGGCGGCGCCGAGAGCCCUUUGUGGCUGAAGCUGCGUUCCGCGGCGCCGCCCGCGCCGGAGCCCGAGCGGCCGAGCAGCCCCGGCCCCGCGUCCCGCGGCGAGCGGGCAGAGCCGCGGGCGGCAUGCGGGGCCCCCGCUCCGCCCCCUCCGCCGCCGCCCGCCCGCGGAGCCGCCGCUCCGGAGCCCGGCCGGCGAUGGGCAGCGCUGCCCGCUGAGCGCGGCGGGGCCGUGCGAGGCGCGGGGAUGCGGCGGGCGGCGGGCGGGCGGAGCGGGGCGCGCCCCGCGGGGCCCGAGGCAGCGCCCGGCCCCGCGCCCCCGCGCAGCGCCCGGCCCGCGGCCGUCCUGCUGCUCCUGGCCCUCACCGCGGCCGUCCUGCCGAGCGCCCGCGCCCAGCCGGGUGUCAGGCAACAGCAUGUCAAUGAUGCUCCUUCUACAGGAUCUUUUCCUAAUUGGAGAUCUAUACUAUCACCAACACGGCCUUCCACAGAAACCAAGACUCCCUCAGUAGCUGAUCUUUCUCUGGGACAGACUUUGGAGAAUGCAGACUUGCUUCAGAUGAUCAGAACCACCCUGACUGGUGCCCGUACCAGGACUUUGGAUCAGAUGCACCUGUCACCCUCCCUCUACCAAGGCAGUGGGAGCAGUGCACCCCAGGAACCCGCUGAGGUUUCAGCCGAGUCGCCUCUGAGGCCGUCGUCUCAAGAUGCAGAUGACACAGCUGCUCUAACAGUGUUAUCUGGAGUAUCUUCUGGUGCAAUACCUACAGUAGAAACUUCAGAAGCAAAACCACUAACAAGAAAAUCAUCUCCAGCUUCACCAGUGCCAGCUUCUUCCUUCUUUUCUCUAGGCACUGAAAACACCCCUUUGCCAUCCGUGAUGGCUUUAAGCACACCGAUACUGACACUAACAAAAAAUAACACUGCCACAAAACUGGCACCGGAUCUGAGCUCAGUAGGAACACAGGCAGAUUUUCCUUUUGCAACAAGAAACACGACUGCCUCACCUCUGGACAUGCCAGCUCUGCUCAUAACCCCCAAGAGCAGCACGGUCACAGCUUCCACACUCGCACCCACAGCCCACGCACCAAGGCAGAUAGAAACAACAGUAACUGACACCCAGAAGUUCCCGAGCUCAGACAUCACCAAAAGGCCAACCCCAUCCCCACUGACAAUGACAGCAGCUUUGACAUCUAUUACAGCAUCAGCGAAAACAACUAGGCUUCCCCCUCCUGCCGUGGAACUCACCCCUGCUCCUCCCGACACCACGGCAGCAGCCGCUUUCGCUAACAUGACGGCAGCUCCCUCCCUGGAUUGCCGGCUCUCUGCCAACAUGAUGGUGAAAACAGUUCUGUUUCUGAACACAAGGAGGAUGAUGAUCAGCAAUGCCUUCAGGGAGAGUGUGAGAAAAGGCCUCAACCAAGUGCUGAGACAAGCUUUCAACCAGAAUGUCAGUGCUCAGGUUGAAAUCCUGGAGCAGUCGAGUAACCUGACCGUUGGUUACUACGUCACGCGGGGCAGGCUGGUUUUCACGCCGGCUGCCGUGGCUGAGAAGCUGCUCGCCUACGGCCUCAGCAACGCCACGGCCGACAUGAAGCAGCACGUGCCACACCUGCAGGCCCUGGUGGCCCUGGCCCUGCCCUGGCAGCCCCUGCCCGCCUACCACUUCCAGCUGAAGACGGAGCUGCAGUUUGUGGGUCAAACAGACAAUAUUCAGUCUUGCAAAUUUGUUCAGACCAUGGAACAGCGGCUCCAGAGAGCAUUUCAGGAUGCUGAAAGAAAGGUCCUAAACACCAGCAACAACUUAACUGUUCAGAUUCUGAACACCUCCAAUGUCUCCCAAGCUGUCACUCUGUUUUAUGUAGUGAAAAAUCAAAGCACAACUCUAAAUGGCACUAUUUCCAGCAACCUUCUUAAUCAGCUGUCAGCUGAGCUGGUGGGUUUCUACCUCACCUACCCACCUCUCACCAUUGCUGAAUCUUUGGAGUAUCCAAACCUUGAUGUCUCGGAAUCAACUAGAGACUACUGGGUGAUAACAGUCAUCCAAGGGGUGGAUAUUGCUUUGCUGGGGCUGAACAACCAGAGCUUUGCCAGGCUGAUGGAGCAGCGCUUGGCCCCGCUCUUCAUGAUGUCCCACCAGCAGGGAAGGCGGUUCAGACGUGCCACCACCGUGGGCAGCUACACUGUGCAGAUGGUAAAAAUUCAACGUAUUCCAGGACCCAAGGAGCCAGCUGAACUGACAUAUUACACUUUAUACAAUGGGAAGCCUUUGCUGGGCACUGCAGCUGCCAAGAUUUUGAGUACAGUUGACUCGCAGAGGAUGGCCUUGACCUUGGGCUAUGUCAUCCAAGUUCAAGCUGAUCCUGUGGUGAAGAACCCCCCAAACAACCUGUGGAUCAUUGCAGCCGUGCUGGCUCCAAUCGCCGUGGUCACCGUCAUCAUCAUCAUCAUCACCGCAGUGCUGUGCAGGAAGAACAAGAACGACUUCAAACCAGACACCAUGAUGAACCUGCCUCAGAGGGCCAAGCCAGUACAAGGCUUUGACUAUGCCAAGCAACACUUGGGCCAGCAGGGAGCAGAGGAUGAGGUUUUACCUGUGACUCAGGAGACUGUCAUCCUUCCACUUCCAGUCAGAGAUGCUCCUGCCUCCCAGGAGAGGGAAACGACCCAGGAUGGGAGCACCAUCAAGACUGCCAAAUCCAACGAAACAAGGAAAAGCCGCUCCCCGAGCCAGAACGGCUCCAUCCUCAGCAAUGGGUCGGGAAAGCCCAGCUCCGGCCGGAGCUCCCUGCAGAAAGUGAUGGCACCGCAGAAAGCGGCAAAAGACGAGGGGAGGAAAAGGAACGGUGAGAAGGUGGCCGUGAGUGAUGACGAGGAAGGAGGGAUUCUCUUUGAUAACGUCGCCAAGUCUGCCGUGGACCCCUUCGACACCUCCUCAGGCUCGGUGCAGCUCAUCGCCAUCAAACCCGUGGCCCUCCCUGCUGUCCAUGCUGCUUCAGAGAGGAGCCAGGAGUCUGCCAUCAUCAAUGGGGAGGUGAACAAGGCUUUGAAGCAGAAGUCUGAUAUAGAGCACUACCGCAACAAGCUGCGCCUGAAAGCCAAGAGGAAAGGGUACUAUGAUUUCCCACAGGUUGAUAAUAGCAAGGCGCUGACAGACAGAAAAAGGAUGUAUGAGAAAAACCAGAAAGAACUUGACCACAUUUUGGAUCCAGAUGCAGAUGUCUCAUCUCCAUUUGCUGAGCCUAAGAACAGGCAGCCAUUGAAGAACUCGGUGUACAGAAGCAGGCAGUCCCUGAACAGUCCCAGCCCAGGGGAAACUGAGAUGGAUCUGCUGGUCACUCGAGAAAGGCCGAGGCGUGGCAUCCGGAACAGUGGAUAUGAUACCGAGCCUGAAAUUAUAGAAGAAACCAACAUUGACCGCGUCAACGAGCCGCGGAAUUACGGCAGGGCCCGGCAGGCCAAGGGCCACUCGGAGACGUCGACGCUGAGCUCGCAGCCGUCCAUCGACGAGGUGCGGCAGCAGAUGCACAUGCUGCUGGAGGAGGCCUUCAGCCUGGCCUCUGCUGGCCACGGGGGCCAGCCCCGGCAGGACGCCUACGGCUCGGCCCCACACCUGCCCUACUCCGAGGUGGUGACCAGUGCCCCCGGCACCAUGACCCGGCCGCGGGCGGGCGUGCAGUGGGUGCCCACCUACAGGCCAGAAAUGUACCAGUACAGCCUGCCAAGGCCCGCUUAUAGAUUUUCUCAGCUUCCUGAGAUGGUAAUGGGUUCUCCUCCCCCUCCUGUCCCUCCCAGAACGGGUCCUGUGGCUGUUGCCUCUCUCAGGAGGUCUACAUCAGAUAUUGGCAGCAAAGUGAGAAUACCUGAGUCCAGUGGAGCAGAUCAGGCCCAGCACCAUGAUCAGACACCUUUUGCACCGGGUUCGAGAGCUCCCAUGUCUGUCGGUCCACUCGAUCAAUCCGCUUUUCACUCAGGAAAUACAGUACCAGCAGUGUUUGCCAUCCCAGCAAACCGCCCUGGCUUCACAGGCUACUUCAUCCCAACUCCUCCCACUGCCUACAGGAACCAAGCCUGGAUGCCCUAUGCUGGAGAGAAUGAGUUGCCAGGGCAGUGGGCAGACUCUGUGCCCCUUCCUGGCUACAUCGAGGCUUACCCGAGGCCCCGCUACCAGCACAACUCCCCGUCCCGGCUCCCCCGGCAGUACAGCCAGCAGGGCAGCCUGCACCCCAGCCUGGAGCAGGCUCCGCUGGCCUCCGCCGCCGCCUCCCAGCAGAGCCUGGCCGACAACGACCCCUCCGACGCGCCGCUCACCAACAUCUCCACGGCUGCCCUUGUCAAGGCAAUAAGGGAAGAAGUGGCCAAGCUGGCCAAGAAGCAAACAGAUAUGUUUGAGUUCCAGGUCUAAUAUAUCUUCUGUGCACGGUGUUUGUGUCUUGCGACCUGGGGUAGCCAAGGAAGCAACUCCUUUAGUUUUCGGCUACAAACUUUCUAUGAAUUGUGCCAAAGCGAUGGCAUUUUAAUCUGUCUGAAAAGUCAACACUAUGAAAUGACUUAAAGCAGAGCAACGGGGCUCUGAAGACAUGAAAUUCCGCUUUCCAGCUAAGGAAAAGCUGCCAGGAAACUGUUUCACACUGAUGAGAUCAACCAUAUGCAAUUGUUUGUCACUUUGCUCUUGUAUUAUGAUCCAUCCUCACUAAAGAUGCUGCUGAACAUGUCUGUGCCACAAGAAGUUUCAUUUACAGGCCCAGAGGCAGAGCUGCUGAAAAUAACUUCUGCAUGCCAAAACUUUGAUCAGAGAAGAAAAAAACCUGCAGAACAAGGUUUGCUGAAGGCCACGGCUGGCGUGGCAGUGGCUGUGUUAAUUGUUUGCUGUGGGACAUUGUAUAAAGGGUGCUGAUUUCAGCCAUGCAGAGUCAUUUCAGCUUUUUCACCCAGAGACUGUAUUCAAACCAAAAGAAUUCAACAUGAUUAAGUAAUACAAAUAAAAGUCCUGUAAAUAGCUCCGAGUCUCUUCAUCCUAUUAACAGUGCAAAGAAGUGAAAGAAAAGAGGACUGUGGAGAAGGUGAAUGACAUUUCCAUGAUUGGUGGCUACCUUGUCAUUCAGUGCCACUGAUGAAUUAUGGAGGAGACUUUUUUUUUUCAGCGUGAAAGAAUACAAUGCAUGAAGAGCCAGCAAAGGAUAUUGGUGCUAAAAGCUUCCCAGAGAAAUGAAAAAAGGUUAUUCCUGUUUGCUCUAUAAUCGGGCUUUUCACUCUGAAUGCAUGUGAAGUGGGUAAACCUGAGACCUUUAAAUCCUUCCAAUCUGGAAAAAUGAAUACACCUGCUUGGACAAGGAAACCUCUGUUCAACACAGUGCUUUUUUCCUCUUUCUUUAACAAUGCUAUCUACUAAAGUGAUGCCAGAAAGUGCUACUUGAAGCUGCAGUUGAUUUUGAUUGCGCUGGCACGGUGAAUGCACACCCAGGAAGUUCUGAAUGUAGAGGACCUAAUUACUAUAAUUAACAUGUAAAUAAGUUAGCAGCUACAUGGAUUAACAAAAAUAUGAAUGUUCUGUGAAAAAGGGAGCAUUGCCAGAAAUGAUGUUGACUUUAUAUUGUGCAAGAUAAAGGUCACUGAUUGUUAACACUGCGUUGUGGUAGGAAUCCAAUCCCAAAAGAAAAUCAAACCCCUUGGGAUGGGACGGUAGUUAAUAUUUUGCAGUUGUACAAACUAGUUGGAGAUCAUGAACAGUUGUUUUCAGUUCCUUCAGCAAUUAGCUUCAGGAACUGAAGUUGUUGCAAAAUAUGUUGUGUUGGGUGUGUUUGAUGUCAACUGGAGUUAAUGUCCUUCAUUUCAGUGGGUUAUUUAGUUAUCCUCAGUUACAAUUUUGUCCGAUCAUUUCAUUUCCCUGAGUUUCUUUGGUCUUAACUGAUGUGAGAAAGGGAACUUGGUUUAGCUUUUUGGCCAUCAGUAAAUUGAGAGAAGGAGAGAGAAGACAAGAAUAGGAGAUAGAAGAAGAAAUUGAUGAAGCACAAACUUUUAAAGCAGAGCUAUUUUCCCCCCAAGAAUUAUAUUAUAAACCCUGAGACUGUGAUGCGUAAUUAUCCUAGAAUAUACAGACAUCCUCUGCUCCAAUACCUUAAAUAUUGCAGAAGUGUUUGGAAUGCUAGCUAAUCUUUCAACAAAUGUGAAAUUUCAUUUUUAUUAUUUAAAAUCAGAUAUAAAUAAAAUGUAUUUUUGUAAUUUCUAUGUAUAUAUGUGCUGUAUAUUUAUAUAAGUGACUAGUCUGCUAUAGUCAGAAAAUUUCCAUAAACUAAGUGGAAAAAGAAAAAAAAAUGAAAGAAAGAAUAAGCCCCUGGUAAUUUUACUGAUCAGUAUAAACAUGCUGUGUCUGGAGUAAACAAAUAUACAAUUGGGUGACUUGGAUACUAAGCAACCAAAGAAACUCAAUUUUUCAUAUAAAUACAAGUCUAGUAGAGGCUGACUGCUGUCUCAGUUACCAGUCAGCCAGGUAAUACUGAAAUUAUCAGUGUAAUACAACACAGCCAAAUUGGGUUUAAUGAAUAGCUGGUUAAGAGCAUCACACUUUAGAAUAACAACUGAAAAAUACUGGGCCAAACUCAGUGUACCACAGAAAGACAGGUUCUGGUUGGCUUCAGUGGGAAUUUCACUCACUGAGAGCAGGGUUUAGUUUCUCUAUUGGGCUUUGUCUAUAAAAGAAAUUUCACUAGAUCCCUCAAACAGAAUUCUGUUUAUUUUUCAGCCAUUUGGAUCACUGUAACAUGAGUGCAGACAUAAUGGAAGAGCAGCUGAUUUUAUUUAGCCUAAGCUAGUUCACAGCUGGCUUGAGCUAACCUGAGAAGUGAAACCUACACCAGGUUGUGCCAGCCACAUUCUGCAUCAGCUUUAUUAUCUCAGUUUUUGAACCAUUCCUCUAUGUAGCCCAGUGGAAUUUUGCAAGUAGAUGGGCCCUUCUAAGCAAUGGGGGUGAAGGGUGCUGUGUAAUCAAUUUCUCUAGCUUAGACUCCAGUUUUGCAGAGUUCUCCUGAGGCUGAAAUUAUGCAAGCAGCCACGAUCCCAUGGAUGAGCACGCUGAAGCCAUAGAGGUGGGAAGGGUAAUGUAACAAUGUAUUCCCAAAAAAGUCACAGGAAGCAGGGCAUUCCAGUUUAAACAGCAUCUUUUGGACACUUAACUCUGUUUGUAAGUCUGUUCCCAUUCUUAAAUUGUAGCAAUUUAAUAGUUCUAGUAAAAAUGUGUGAGGAUAAAGUCUCAUACAUAUUACACAAUGAAUCUUGUAUCUUGCCAUAGUGGAAACUAAAAAUUUUGGAAAAUACAGAGAUGUCCAGGGUUUGGAUGUCUGUAGAAAAUGUAAAACCCCUGAACAAAAGCAUUUAAAUAGCCUUCUAGAAAGAAAAACCAUUUCAGUAUAGUUAAACAAAGUACUCUUCAUACUUCUGAUGAAGACCUGUUAGAGAUUCAAAAUUUAUUUUGUUUGGUAUUAUUAUGGAUGAUGUGCAGUCUACUGAAUAUUUCCUGAACCAUCACUCUGAAACCAUUGUGGUGCACUUUAUUCAGAAAACCAUCUUACAUUCUUCAUUCAUGAUGCCUUUUUAUCCUGUUUGUAAUAUGUUUCUGUAAUUUUUUUUUUAAGUAUCAAGUAAGAUUAUAUCAAGACAGUUAGGACAUUGCUGGGAAAGAAAAAUCAUGCUGUAAUAUUUAUACUGUCUGAGCACAAAGCAAUGAUAAAGUGAAAAUAUAGUGUACAAAUAAUUUGUAAUAUAAUAAACAUUUUGUAUGGCUACAAGUACAAUAUAGUUUUUCAAUACUGAUUUCAAAGAAGAAAAUAUUUGUGUUUAAAGUUAUAACCUUGUCCAGAUAUAUCCAUACCAUUUUUACUGAGAAAAAAGCAGCAAUUUAGCUUUUUCUACUCAAUGCCUCAAUUUUCUUUAAAGAUAUGUUAAAUGUUUAGGUGAAAGUACUGUUUACUGUGUACACAAAAUGUUGAUGUUCUGACCAUUGUCUGUCUUCAGGUUUGUAAAUCAUCAGUAGAAACAGCUGCAAAUGAAACAAAAAAAGAAUUCAUUCUUGGUAUGUGUGUCCUGACCACUUUCACUUGGAAAACCACUUGUGACAUUUAUUAGCAUCAGUAGAACAGUAACUUCAAAAGGAUAAAAGGGAACUUGUUGGCAGUCAUUUCUUGGCUUGUUGGCAGCCAUUUCUUGACAUAUAAUCUGUGUUGGAGAGAAGCUCUAGCACUCAGUCUGGAAAUAUGAGUAAUAUUUGUAUGUCAUAAUACCAGGAGUAGAACUUGAUAGAAGUGCAUGCAAGCCCUAUAUAUAGAAAUGAGGAUAUUAACUUGCACAGUGAUAAUUUCUUUUUCAGACUCUCUUUGAAAGAGACACAUAAGAAGUGUAAGGUAAAAGUGAGAGGCAGGUAGAAAAUGCAACAUGGGGUUGAGUGGCAGAAUUAUUUUGUUUAAGGGCUGAUAUGUACCAAGCUGCCCACAGUUUCCAUGACAUUUCAAGAUGUCUGAUGUUAAAGAAUUAAUCACAUUUUAAUGUAUGUUUUUUGAGCCCUGUAUUACCAGUAGAAGAGCUGACUGCCAGCUUCUAGAAGUCUGAGGGAGCUUGAAAGCAGCAAGUUUUCUGAGCUCACUGCAUUUUGCUGUCCCUGUUCAUCCUGUGCACGUCCCAGCAGUUCCAAACUCUCUGUCCAACCGGUUAUUGUCCUGCUCUUGCAUUUCUUAUACAUUAACAAAUCCCAGUGGCUUCCCAGCCCCCACUGACAUGAAAUGGCAGAGGGAGAGGGAUCUUGCAUGUCACUCAUACCUACUAGAAAAUGCAGCUUUCCCUUCAUGGGUUAAUUUUUAACUCCAGGGAUGAGCCACAGAUUUCUUUUUUGUUUAUCAAAAUAAUUCAAAGUUGUUGUUUGUUGUUUUUUUUUUUUCUCAUUUUUAAGAAGAAGAAUACUCUUUGAGAAUUUUUUUUUUAACUUCUGCCUUUCUCUCAGAAAUAAAUAAUACAAAACUCUACUUGUGGAAAUGAGAUUUAUAUAUAGAUGAGUAAAGAAAGUGCAUACUGACUUGCUCUUUAAAAAUAUUUCAAGAUGGCCAAGUCACAAAGGCAAAUACUGCAGAAUCUCUCCUGAGAAAAACUGCAUUGCACAAAGUGGUUUAGGUCCUGGUUGUAAAAAUAGUUGAAAUGCCCCCAAAUCAUACAACAUUUCAUGCUUUUAAAAUCACCUUAAGACCAUAUUCUUAUGAAUACUGUAUCAUAUUCAUGCGUAUCUAUAUAUCUGUGAGUCAAAAAUAUUUUUUUCAAAACUGGUUCUAUUUGUCCAUCAGUUUGUCCCCAUCCAUUUCUGGUUCCUUAAGGGGUACAGAGGCAGUAAUGAAGAAAUAAAUCUCAGAGUUGUUUUGUCAUGAAGCUCAUGAAAAAUGAGAAAUGGGCUUUAAAUAGUUAGGUGGUCAAAUGUAUAGUAGAUGUCUUGAAAAUAAUUACAAGUAUCAUGAAGAGAUGUUUCAGGAAUUAGAUUUUAUUUUUAUUUUUUUGCAUUUGUUAAAAAUAAUGGUUUUUUUAGGAAAUCUGACUUCAUGAAUUUCCCACACUCAAUUCAUACCCAAGGAGUAAAUUGUUACUAUAUUGCAUUCUGUAAAUAAUUUUGUAACUUUAGAAAGUCACAUUUACCCACUGGGCAAUAAUGGGUGCAAAGGACUGUAAAUCACAAAGCAAGGUGAUUCCACUGAGUACAAUAUUUAGAGAGCAGGUGAAUUUCUCUUCCAGAGUAUUCUCUCCUCACUGGAGCCCUGAGCAUUUCUGUGCUCUGUAAACCAGCCCAAACACCAUAACAAACUGUGGCAUCAGUUAAGGCCGUCUGGCGAGGAGAUCUGGAUGUAAGUAAAAUUGAAGUUUAUUCUUUAUCCCUGUCCUUAUCUCAUACUCUCCAUACUGCACUGAGGAAAAAACCUGAAUACUUUAUUUUCAAACAAACAAAUUUUAAUAUUUCCUUCUGUGACAGAUAGACUGGGAAGGCUUUUUCAUUUCACUUCUGCAAGCUGUGUUCAACGUCAUGCUUGAUAGAAAAAAAUGAGAGUGAAGCCAAGGAUUUUGGAAAAUAUGACAGAACCCACCUUGCUGAGGCUCAAAUUUUGAUGCAGGAUUUAGCAGCCCAACAGAAACUGCUCAGGCCUAACAAAAGGGCAGUUCUUUGGAUUCAUCAGAAACCAUGUUUGUCCAGCACAGAUAUUCCUAUGCUUUUUGACUUUUUAUUUUCAUUUGAUGUCUUCCCUGUCGUCGCUGUGCACUCUGAAUUUGAGUUUUACAUGGUGUACACAAAGAAGUGCACUCUUUACCUCGCUGAUACCUGGUGUGGCAGAAGCAGUAACCAACACAGGAGAGAAUUUUUAAACAGCCUUGGCACUGCGUGGCCUCAGCCCACGGUGUGCUUUGUGUGCUCUCCUAUUAGUGCUAAGGCAAACCACAGCUGUAGGUGACAUUUUCUGCUGCAAUUACUGGCAAAACACCUGCUCCCUUCAAGGAGAACAGGGCUGAGCCAGUAACCCCCCCUUAAAUUAGCCAUCACUGGUGUCCUAAAACUGUGCCAGGAGAGGAAGAAUGCUGUCUGGUUAUGGGUGGCUGGAAAUUGGGAGAUGGAAGGUCAGUUUGCUCUUCUUCAGGUUGUUGGGUUGGUCCAAAAUGUGACUGUGCCUCAGUGUCCCAUCUGUAGAGGUGAAGGAACUGCCUCUCCUCACUGCUCUGCUGAAACUCAAACCUGGACUGCAGUGGCUACUUUAAUAAGAAGCACCAUUUAUUACUUCAUGGAGCUUUGGGAAUUGUUCAGGACUAUAAAGUACAUAUUCUUAUGGUAGCAUUUCAAUAAAUGUGAAUUUACAAGGGAAAAGAAAACACCUCUUGAAAAUAUUUCAGUAUGUUCUAGGAAGCCUUUCCAAUAACAACCUCUACACUUUUUUACAGAGAUUUACAGAAUUUAUAUCAAUAAACAGUCUCACUUCCCAGGCAACAGAUCUCACUUUCCAAGGAAAUGAACUUUUCUUACGUCUUUGAAUUAUGGAAAGGACUAGCUCUGCAUGAUUACAAAAAUCCAUGUUAUCUUUGGUGUUCACAGCUUGAUUCAACUGAAUUGUAAUGGCUGUGUCUGUGAAACUUGCUCAAAAUUUAUGAGUGUUUCAGCUGUAAGUGGGAAAAUUAAUUUUCUGAAGCUGCAACAUUGAGAGCAAAUUUAAAACUGAGUCUAGGGAUUAAAUCGAGAGAAUAAGAAAUAAAUAAAAUUUUAUACUAUGCAAUCAGAAGGAAAAUCUCCAAGACCUGUUACUUAAAACUACAUGCUGAUGGUAGAAUUCUACAUAUGACUGAAAAGGGGGGAUUUAAAAUGUUCUGGGUCAUUACCAAAUUCCUAUGUUUUUACUCUGAGCCAUAGGGUGAUUCUAGAAAUAAAGCUUAUGAGUACAUAGAAUAGUUCCUUUCAUGUUAGUGGCUAUAGCUUAGCUGAAGUUGUACACGUGUUUUCCUUGGCAACUUUGCACAUGAAAUAAAAUAUGUCUUAAAA